CCUUGUGGGAGAUGUAGUUUCCCAGUCAGACUGUAUAUCAGUAGGGCUGCAGGGAAAGGCCUUGUGGGAGAUGUAGUUUCCCAGUCAGACUGUAUAUCAGUAGGGCUGCAGGGAAAGGCCUUGUGGGAGAUGUAGUUUCCCAGUCAGACUGUAUCAGUAGGGCUGCAGGGAAAGGCCUUGUGGGAGAUGUAGUUUCCCAGUCAGACUGUAUCAGUAGGGCUGCAGGGAAAGGCCUUGUGGGAGAUGUAGUUUCCCAGUCAGAUUGUAUAUCAGUAGGGCUGCAGGGAAAGGCCUUGUGGGAGAUGUAGUUUCCCAGUCAGACUGUAUAUCAGUAGGGCUGCAGGGAAAGGCCUUGUGGGAGAUGUAGUUUCCCAGUCAGACUGUAUCAGUAGGGCUGCAGGGAAAGGCCUUGUGGGAGAUGUAGUUUCCCAGUCAGACUGUAUCAGUAGGGCUGCAGGGAAAGGCCUUGUGGGAGAUGUAGUUUCCCAGUCAGACUGUAUAUCAGUAGGGCUGCAGGGAAAGGCCUUGUGGGAGAUGUAGUUUCCCAGUCAGACUGUAUCAGUAGGGCUGCAGGGAAAGGCCUUGUGGGAGAUGUAGUUUCCCAGUCAGACUGUAUAUCAGUAGGGCUGCAGGGAAAGGCCUUGUGGGAGAUGUAGUUUCCCAGUCAGACUGUAUAUCAGUAGGGCUGCAGGGAAAGGCCUUGUGGGAGAUGUAGUUUCCCAGUCAGACUGUAUAUCAGUAGGGCUGCAGGGAAAGGCCUUGUGGGAGAUGUAGUUUCCCAGUCAGACUGUAUCAGUAGGGCUGCAGGGAAAGGCCUUGUGGGAGAUGUAGUUUCCCAGUCAGACUGUAUAUCAGUAGAGCUUCUGGGCAAAGGCUUUGUUGAAGAGCGCCCCCCCCCCAGCCCACUAAUCAAAUGCUUGGCCGAGUCAGUCCCGCCCCUUCCUGCUGCCUGUGCUGCCUGUGCUGCCUGUGCUGCCUGUACAUAGGAGGAGAGAGCAGGUUCCAUUGUUAUUGCAGUUGUGCGGGGAAUGAGGGCCCCUGAGGCAGUCUGGCUGCUCACUGAGGGGAAUGCUGAGAGGAACACACAGGAGCUGAUUGGCUUCCAUUGAGAAUCCACAGUGGCCCUGUAGAUGCCGCUUCCUGGUCAGUCACUUCCACAGGGACCAAAUGGGAAUCUCCCAGGAACCCACUGACCCAGUGAUGGGGAACCAGGAUCCAGAUCUGCUGCAUCAGAGAAUCCUGAGUCUCACACUGGAGAUUAUCUACCUGCUGACUGGGGAGGGCUACACUGUUACAAAGAAGUCAGGUGAUGGCGCCCCCCCACAGACCUGCACUGACUGUAUGUUGGGAGGAGCCUGCAGGCACCAUGUGACCCCAACUGUGGGGGCCCUGCAUGCCCCUGGCUCCGCCCUACAGAAGGAAAAUGCCAAGAGGAUCCUGGAACUCAUCUCCAACAUCAUCCAGCUGCUGACUGGAGAGGUUGCCAUAAGGUGUGAGGACGUCUCCCUCUAUUUCUCCUUGGAGGAGUGGCAGUAUUUAAAGGGGAACAAGAGCCGCUAUUUAGAAGGAAUGGAAGGAAGUGUGCAGCAGACAGAUUGUCCAAAGGAAGACGUUGGAUCGGAUGCAGAACCACUCUGGUAUCGUGACCGUGAAUUCCCCGAAAUUGUGGCUGAGGAACCAUCUCUAUGGGAAAGCCCGACUCUCCCGAACACUCCAACGGCUCCUCAGAGACCCCCCAACCGCAUCUCUCGGGGGUUUAACGAGGAAUUGGCUGCAUGGGGAAGAGGGAAAGGUUCUGAUCCACUUACACGGCAAAUGGGCCCAGACCCAUGUACCAACCCAAAUGACAGCUUGUCAGCCAGUAUCCUGUUACGUGAUAUCAAAGAGGAAGAGGACUCUUGGGAAGAAGGGAAAGAAUCGGACUUCAGCAUUGUUACAGUUACGGAACCGAUGGAGGAAAUGCCUGAUCCGGAAUCCAGCGCCAAUAACACUUUCUCCUCGGUGACCAUUUCUGAACUGGAAACCACGAGCUUCCAGGUUGCGCCCAACAGAGGUGGAAGCCAUAAGAGCCAUUUCAUUGGCCACAAAGACCUUGUGAGACAUCAGAGGACCCAGACGGGGCAGAACCUCUUCGCUUGUUCUGUUUGUGGGAAAUGUUUCACGCGCCGGGCCAAACUCAUCGAGCACUUUAGGAAUCACACGGGGGAGAAACCGUUUGCCUGCGACGAGUGUGGGAAGCGCUUCACCCAUCGCGCCAAACUGGUCGACCACCAGAGGGCGCACAAGGGGGAGAAACCAUUCACCUGCUCGGAGUGCAAGAAAUCCUUCGCCCGGCAGAAUGAACUCAACCGCCAUUUCCGGAUCCACACGGGGGAGAAGCCGUUCUCCUGCUCCGAGUGUGGCAAGUGUUUCAAGCAGCGCUCACACCUGGAGGUCCACUACAGGAUCCACACGGGGGAGAAGCCCAUCUCGUGUUCUGAAUGCGGCCAGUGCUUCGCCCGGCACACCGAACUCAACCGCCAUUUUAUCACGCACACGGGGGAGAAGCCCUUCUCCUGCUCUGUAUGUGGCAAAUGCUUUGGGCUUCGGAGCGGCCUGACCAGGCACUUUAGAAUUCACACCGGGGAGAAGCGCAAAUCUCGCGCAGUCAGGACUUGUCCGGAUCAGAACUCUGGGCCGGGGGUUGGCUGAGCCGCACUGCCCCAGCAGAGCCAUAGGAGUCUCUUAUAUUAAUCAUGGCUCCCUUCAUCAUUCUGCUCCACUAAUGAGCACUGAUUGGUCACUGAGCUUGUCAGCUGUUCUUCUACUCACUCCUGUAUGGCCCACUAUUCCUUCAUCGUGCACUCAUGUCUGAUCUAGUGUUCCUGCUUGAUCCUGAAUUCCUAUCUUUAUCCCGAACUGCCGCUCAGUCCAGUUUUCCUGUUUGAACCAUUCCUUGGUUGGACUCUGCUGCUUCCAGCCUGCAAUUUGGAUUGUCCUGUUGGUUGGCUCCGCCCCCUAUACCCACACCUCUGACCCUGCGUGGUAGUGUUUGCUCCUUGUCUCCAUGUUGGACUGUGCUUCUUGCUGCUUCACCCCCUCUACCACACGGGGUGCCCUUACUGUAUGGGCCAGUACUUGGUUCUGAGAUGAAGGCCUCCUUGCUGCUUUUCCCCAUAGGGUGCAAAUGGGAAGUGGGGGGCAUUUAUUGUGGCAGGUACCGCCCAACCCACAGCAAUGAAACUGCUGCACUGUAUGUAGUGGUCCUCUAAUAGGGACCCCACAGCCCUUCAGCAGGGAAGAUCUGUGCCCCAGAGACGCCCCAGUAGACCCCCAUCUUCUACAGGAUCCCAGCAUGUGCCCUGGGCUGCUGCCACUUACCUGCACUUAGGGUGUCCACUCCCUAUGUACAGUAUAACCCCCCCAAUUUACAUUGUAUAUAUACAGUAUAUCCCUUCCCCCCAAUAUACAGAAUGGGCUCAGCAGCCCACAGCCCACUGAGCAUGUGCAGUGCCGCUGACACAGAAGAUGGGCAAACUGUACCCUAAGAUGGGGGGCUGCUGGGUACAAACCUCAGGGCCUGUUCAAUGUUUAAAAUUAUUUGUUGCAAGAAAAGAAGAGUUUGAAGAUAGAAGCUGCAGCAUGAAGCUCCCCCAGAACCCUCGAGCAGUGGGCUGUUCCCAUAACAAGUGGGGCAGUGAGUGGUACCGCAGUACGGGGGUGGGGGCGGAGAUGCUCUGGGACACUCCCUUUUAUUGAGGGCAUCACUGGUGGGAGGAGCCCCCCGACUUCUUCCCAUGUCUCAUCACUGACAUUACGGGCACCUCUGCGCCAUUUCUGUUUAACCCUUUCUCUGGCCCCUGUGCCCCCACCCCAGGAUUGUGGCAGUGAGUCCCAGGGGGCGGUACCUGUAAGCCCCUCCUGUUCCCAAUAUGAGCAGAAUAAAUAGAUCUGAGGCUGGAAAUAAGCCCCGCCUAUUCAUCUCAUUAAACUAACGCAUUCAUAUUCUUACUUAUUAUAAACGGGGCCGCUGGGAAACGUGAGUAACGGAGUAAUAACAGGGACCCCUGUAUUUGCAGAUAUAAUAGGGGGGCAAGUCUGGCUGCUUCUGGGAUCCUCCCGCUGAUGUGCCACUGAGGGGGGCAGUGACCAAUGGGUACGUUCCAACUGGCUGGCAGGGUCAUAGGUACUGACAUUGGGAAGGGCUUGUCUGCCUCCUGUAAUGGGGGGGGCUGGAGUUAAAGCCCUGGGCACCCCCUGCAAAGGUACAGUAGUGCCCCCCCAUACAGCAGCAAGUGAUUGCACAGGGUUGGAUGGGGGGUAACUGCAGAGUUAUGGGGUACAUACAGAGAUUUAGGAGGGAACUGAUGGCUGGGGAACAGCAACCACUCUCCAAUCAAACCCUGAGGAGACUGGGCUGUCCCUAAGGAGCCUAAACUGGGCCCCUAGGCAGAACUGGGCCCCUAGGCAGAACUGGGCCGAGACCGUUGGCUGUAUUGGGCCAGAGAGUAUUAGUGGGGCCAAAGGCUGUCACUCUCUUGUAGCAAAACUAAGGUCUUAACAUCACAUCUAAGCACUGAUACGGGCCCGCCGGGUGCGGUUCUGAGGGAUGCAGGCAUGCCAGGUAUGGUUCUGUGGCAUAUGGGUAUGAUCCUGGCUCCUCCUCCUUGUGGGCAUCACGCCUGGGCCAGGCACCUCCUCCCUGUAUCCCCCUGUGGGCGUCACGCCUGGGCCUGGCACCUCCUCCCUGUACCCCCCUGUGGGCGUCACGCCUGGGCCUGGCACCUCCUCCCUGUACCCCCCUGUGGGCGUCACGCCUGGGCCUGGCACCUCCUCCCUGUACCCCCCUGUGGGCGUCACGCCUGGGCCUGGCACCUCCUCCCUGUACCCCCCUGUGGGCGUCACGCCUGGGCCUGGCAC